CGGAGGAGCAGAAGGCUGGAGAAGUUUUGACUGAACGGGCAGAAAGAGAGCACACAGCGCGAUCGCCAGCAGUGGCAGAAAAGAAGUAUACGUCCUUUUGCGGUGUGGUGUGUCGAGAGUGUAUGAGAAACGAUGAUGACAAAUUUUUACUAAUGGACGGGUCUAUUAAAGUUGUGUCGCUGCUUUCCUGUGUCGGAGGACUUCGCCAAGUCGCAGUUUGCCUCGCUUGAUGUUUAUUUUAAACCAUCCGAUAGUAGCGCACGGAAGAAAGAUAAGCCCUGCCGACGGGAGUGGUGGACCCUUUGUGUUGUGACGGAUUUGGAUUAAUCGAUGGCGAAAUCGCGAGAAAGCACAGGGCGAGUGCCGUGAAAGAAAGAAAAAAAACCCCAGAAGGAACAAGGAUGCUGGUCAUCCGUGGUGGUCCGAAUGUGUUGUCAUUGUUCGUCGGAAGUAGCGUUCGACUUAAUGCACUGUGCAAUAGUGGGGCUCUUUUUCUCUUAGAAGAAAAUCUGCUCUCUGUAUUGGAUUGCGCUCCGGUGUGGAGGUGUAAGCGCGAGAAUAAUAAUAACAAUCACUGUCAUCUCUAAUCGAACGCACACAGUGGAGAGAUAGCGAGAGCAGAAGUGAACGCGAGUGCUAACAAAAGCAAAAAAAAAAGAAGAAACAAAAGUGCUCCCCGAAGUGGUAUUCGUGUGCGAGGUGCAAUACUUUGUGUUUCAAAAAGUGGGGCCUCCUUUUCGUCAAAAAUUCAACAAUAAAAUAGGAUAGUAAGGAAAGACGGACGACUAUCAGCUCGUGAAUCCUGCGUGAAUUUCGUAUACGCGAACCGCUUUCUGGAUUGCCCGUGGGAAGUCAAACCUGCGUUGGAACAGUAUGAGAGUUGCCUGCUACGACGUUGAAAAUUCGAUUAUGGAAGUCGGGCUGGUUCUGGUUUCUAUUAUGUAGAUCUCGUUAUUUUUUUGUUGUUGUCUUUUUACCUUGUGUCUUCGGAAGUCGCAACGUCUGAUCGUGUUAUUUGCGCUGUGUCGAUUCAUUCUGUAUUCCGUCGCGUAUGUGUGCUAUAAAGAAGUGGGAUUUCUGGUUCAAUUGGUGCGAGAACAGCCAGACACAAGUCUCAAUAAGUAAGUGCGUGAGAAAACUGAACACAGGCAGCAGCAGAAGGAAGCUCUUUGUAGUCUAGCAGCGUACUUUGCGUGCCCUCCCGGAAGUAGCUGAGCGCAACAGCAGGAGUUUUUCUGGGAACAACAACAACAACGAGAAGAUCAACAGGAAAGAACGAAUCCAACCAAGUGAACGACCGGAGGAGUGUAGGAGCCGAGAGUGCCGUCAUCGUCCAAUAUUCAACACUCGAAACAUUCAUGAGAAGAGAUGGGAAUAAAGGCCAGCACAGCAAAUGGUGGACAGUCGAGUCCUAGAGCUAGAACCUUCUCCACCAGUAGCAGUUCGGACGUGGUGUCCGCCGGUGCAGGAGCGCCGUACGAAAUAUCCUCCGCCAGUCCGGAAACCGACAGCAGCUCCGCCGAAGAGAACGCUGCAGCGAGUGCUGCCUCACUAGCACUAGGUAGGGUCUACGCGGCCACAUCCUUGCCAGCGCACAUCUGGUCGUUGAACGGCAUCAAAUGUCCAGUAUGCAGCAAAUUUGUUAUGCCCGACGAUAUAGAGUGUCAUUUAGUAAUGUGCCUAACGAAACCUCGUUUAUCAUACAAUGAGGACUGCUUAACGGAUGCCAAGGGUGAAUGUGUUAUAUGUUUAGAAGAUUUAUGUCCCGGUGAUAUCAUCGCUAGAUUACCAUGCUUAUGCAUCUAUCAUAAAGGGUGUAUCGACAAAUGGUUCGAGGUGAAUCGUAGCUGUCCCGAGCACCCAGGGGACUAGUGAAACUAAUGCAAAUUGGGCAGGAUCCUUUUUUGUACUAAGCGCGAAGGGAUUAUUCUAGUGGUAACUAACCUUAAAAAACAAUUAAAAAAAUCUUAGAAAAGCAAACAGAAAAAAACGAAAGUGAUCAACUGUGAAUGUGCGCGGAAAAGCGAAGAGAGCGAGGAAAUUGCACUUGUCAGAGACAGUUCAAAACGAGUCUCGCCGCAAGAAGGCGUGAGCUGCCUGGGUUAUUUUUUACCUGAUUUUGAAAUCAUGAGACACUGAACGCAUCGUGAGAAGCAAAUUAUAAAUAAUAAAAAAAGAAUACUAGGAAAAAAACAUCAUUUGGCUCCUUUUUUAUAAGACCAUAAACGAAAUCGAUUAAGAGUAGAGCGAAUAGGCAUUAGGAGAACACUCCCGAACAAACAAACAAAAAAAUAUCCGAUGUGCGUUUUCUUUUUGUGAAACAGAGUGUCGAUUCGCGCUAUCGCAAAUAGCGAAAAGAAAAAAAAAGGUACCAGUUUUUAUUUUAGACGAAUCAGUGGUCAAAUCGGGAGAAAUCGCUUUGUAUAUAAAAAUGAGUAAACGAUCCCCCAACCAGUUGAGAUAUGUUAUGAAAUGAUGAAUAAAAUCAGCUAGAUUAAAAGCAACAACACAUCUUCAAACUGAUUAAAUAGUUAAACAAAGAGAAAUUAAUAUAAACUAUCUGUAAGUGAAACAAAUGUAGUGAUAUAAACGAUUAAUAAAUACGAGGAAAUUCAAGGAAUAACUGUUAACAAUCUGCGCUACACCCUCAGAACUAGAAAAAAAAACGAGUAGAAGAUCAACAGUGCAAGCGAAGCAAACGGGCAGUAGGACUUUAGGACUACUAUCUCACCUUACUUUAUAUUAUGUUUUGCUCAGUCAUUAUUUCAGCAUCUUUUAACUGUGAAGAAUUGAGAUAAACAAAACAAUGAAAUAUUUGCAGCUUGUGUCAGCAAGAGUAGCAUGUAGCAGCGAGACAGUGUUAAGGUUGUUGUAAAUAUUAGAUGGUAUCUCUUUUGAGAGGCGCGAGACGAACCAACCAGGAAACCGGAAAGGGGCAGGAUUCUUCGAAUUCGUCGUUUUCAUUGAAUUCAACUAGACAGAGAGACGGAGAACAUUUGGAAACAAGGGCUACUAAAUAAACACAGAACACAUACAUACAAAAGAAAAAGAAAAACACUAAAUGAAAUGGUUCCCCAAGAAACCGGAAACAGGAAGCACCACGAUGAUGUUGAGAAUGAGGAGCUUGAAACGCCACCGUUGUUAUUACACAUUGAUAAUACCGUCGUUAAGCCUUUGGCAAUUAAGAUUUUUUUACACUGCAAAGUUAGUUGAUGAUGACCCGACCGACCGACCAACAGAAGAGAGACAGAGAUUAAAAGCGAGAGGGGGGAAGUAUGAAGUUAAUGAGGUGGACAGAUUCGAUAAUGUCUAGACAAUAGAUAUGGCCGAAAUAAGAAGAAGUGACGAGAGAGCGAGUUGAAACUCGGCAAAAGAAAACAGAACUGAAAGAAGGGAUCCAUCGAUUGUGUUAAAUGCGCGAACAAACAAAAUGAAAGAAACAAAUAUCACUUUAGGUAGAUAGAUCAAAAUCAACGAUAAACCAUUCUAAAAGACAAACCGUGGGAAUGAAAUAUUAUGAUGUCGUUUAGUGCUGUUUAAGUUCAUCUCGUGGUGGUUUUCUGAAGUUUUCAGGAAAGAUUCAUUUCUCAAACACACAUGUAAAAACGUUUAUUCUUUCCAUAUUUCGCUAGGUCACGAAUUCAGUACUAACAAAAAAAAAACAAUAGGAUAAAGUGAAGAAUGUAACAGCAUGGAUUGGAGAUUUUAUAAAGUCAUGCUGUUUGUGAACAGUAAAAAAAUAAUUUAUUCUCAUUUUAGGAUUGGCAGUAAAGUUAAAUGGCACAGUUUCCUGUAGUUGAGAGGUUUCGUAAUGUGUGAACGGUCCUCUGUUCGCACGUUGUACACGACAUCUAUCAGGUGUUCAUUUGCAACUGCUCCUAGUGCAGUAGGCCUUGGCGUAAACUGGAUCGUCUUUGCUUCAAAACAAUGGCAAUGGUUUAUCUGAUUUUGUCGUUAUUUCUGGCUAAUGAACCGUUGGUGGACGAAGUGAUUCAAGGUAAAUGCGAAAACAGAAUAGAAACAUACGGUAUGAGGCAUGAUGUCGACGCCAACCUCUCUCAUAGUGAAUUCGUUUUUAAAACUGAGUCAGUGCCAAACUGACUCUGUAAUAAAAAAACGUUUUCAGUUUCACGAAUGCGGUGGUUUGUUGGUGUGCGUUAUAUAGUCUGAUUUGUUUAUAUUUACGACGGCAAAUGUACAGUGUCGACGUCUGGUGGUGAUAUUAGUGCUUGGGAGGUAAAUUGUUCUCCAUCAGAUCAGAAGGGCCAAGUGCAGUGUAAACAUAUAAAAGUUUGAAUGAAAAUUAUGUUUGAUUACCUAACACUAAAAUGAAUUGUUUGAUUACCUAACACAUGUAGUUCUGACACUCACUUAACCAUUUGUCGAUGCAUUUCCUGUUUGUUCCACAAAUAAUUACUAUUAUAAUAUAAAACCAUCAUUAGACACAGUGUGGAGGCGAUCUGGCGUAGUGGUAACAUCCAUGCCUCUCACGCUAAAGGUCACGAGUUCAAUUCUCACUCCCGACAUUCUUCCAAAAAAUGGAAGUAAAAAGUGACGAACCAGCCAAAUGAGUUGAAAGUCACUAUAAUACAGAUUAGACACAGUUUUCGUUCAAUAUUCUGCGAUGUCGAAAAAAAAACUUUU